AAAAAUUCGAGGCCCCGCCUCCAAACAUCAUUCAACAACAACACAAUGUCUUCCAUGCACGCCUUCGCGCACAACUCCUCCGACGAGUCGUCGGACGAAGGAGAUGACUUCCACCAUCCCUCUACCGAUCCAAAUGCCGACGAAUUCGCAGACUACAACCCCAGAAAGCGUCGACGAACAGGCCGAGACGCGAAGGAGCGCGCAGCACUCGGUGUUUUCGGCUCCGAGAGCGAAGAAGAUGAUGGGCCUGGUCGGAAAUGGAAGAGGAAGAGCAAUUUGAGGGGAAAGGGGAUGUCGUUUGUCAGCACGGGGCAGAAGACUUUUGACGAGGAUGAGGACGAAGAUGAAGAGGAAGAGGAAGUGGAGGAAGAUGUGGACAUGGACGAUGCUGAAGAAGAGGCAGAGGCGCCGAAGGGCUUGGGAUUUGGGAGUGUGCCGCGAGGCUUGGGAUUCCAUAGUCCUGCGCCUGGAAAGAAGAUCAACAAUGCGCCGAAAAGUGCCACACCUUUGGGAAGGGGAUUCGUGCCUUCUUCUGCGGCCGUUCCGAUUCUCAAAAACAACGACGAUGACGAAGUAUCGACCCCUAGGAUUUCACGACCGAGUGCAUUCUCCACACCUACUUCUGGAAAUGGACGUGGGAAGAAGACCCAGGCAGGGCCUUCGGUCAAUGCUGGGUCGUUUGCCGCUAGGAUGAUGGCGAAGAUGGGCUAUAAGGAGGGGGAAGGUCUUGGAAAAGAUGGCACGGGACGGAGCGGUGUGAUCGAAGUUACACUACGGCCACAAGGUGUUGGUUUGGGUGCUGUUAAGGAGAAAUCGAAGCAGGAAAUUGAAGAAGAGAAGCGGCAGGCCAAAUUGCGGGGAGAGAAGUACGAAGACUCGGAUGAAGAGCGGAAGAAACGUCGCAAGAAACCGAGAGCCAGCGGCAUUGAGAGUGGAAGUGGAAGUGGGAUGAGUACACCUCGACGAGCUCCAAAGCCCAAGUUCAGGACAUUAGAGGAAGUACAAAGAGCUGCGCCAGGUUUACAGAUCCCAGAUGCUUUUGCCCCCAUUCUGGAUAUGACUGCUCCUGGCCAACGUUUAUUGACCUCUACGUCUGGUCUACUAACGCCAACUACCGGGACUGAAAGUGUUGAGCAAAUCGAGUCCAAGAAAUUGGCUCGUCGUGCUCAAAAUGACCUUUCUGCCUAUGUGGAGGAGUGGAAAAACUUGGAGGAACGGAAGGCCUACAUCGAGAUGACCAUUAUUCAACACCAACAGGAGUUAGACGAAGAACAACGAGAGUUCGACCAGAUGAAGUAUUUUGCUGACAGCGUCCAUUCAAUAUCUCAAUCUGUGAGGGAUUUGCAAUGGGACCCUGUUUUGCAAGCUCUUCUGGCAGCAGAUACUUUGUCGGUAUCAGGAACCAACACCAAUGUUAAUGAAGAGCUAUCGAGUAUUGCCGUAGCAGCAAUCCAUCCGUUUCUCCGCCAAGCUACGGAAGGCUGGCAACCACUUGAAGAUUCAAAACUCGCCGGGAUGGCUCCUCAACUUUCGAAAAUACGGCACAUCCUUGGAGCUUCUUUAAGCAGGAGCAAAUCAGUCACUGGUCAAGAUUAUCUGGUGAAUGAUGGAUCCCAUCGAGUUCAUGCCAAGUCAACAACAGCUUACGAAAGCAUGAUUUACAAGAUCAUUUUUCCGAAGAUUGUAUCGGCGAUCAACCAAACCUGGGAUGUAUACGAUCCAACUCCCUUGCUUUCAUUGUUUGAAGCGUGGGAAGGUCUCAUACCAUCUUUCGUUCGCUCACAAAUCCUCAACCAAGCAGUCGUUGGAAAACUCAACGAAGCAGUGUCGUCCUGGAACCCGAAAAAGAGACGCACCCAUGAGCUGCCUCACCUUUGGCUCUUUCCAUGGCUGCAGUACCUUCCAGCGCAUCAUGCAGAUCCCAAGAGCUCAACCGGCCUUGUUAGUGAUGUCAAGCGCAAAUUCCGGCAGCUUGUCGACACUUGGGAUUUCCACAAAGGCGUUGUACCAGGUCUUCGACAGUGGCGAGAGGUCCUCUGCCCCAGUCGUGAAAAUGACCAGUGGACACCCUUGAUCAUGAACCAUGUUAUCCCUAGUAUGGCACGCUUUCUGCAGAACGAGAAAAAUUUUGUGGUUGAUCCCAACGAUCAAGCACCCUACAUGACUUCUCUUCAAGGCGUAUUCGGCUGGAAAGUUAUCCUCAAACCGAGCUACAUCGGUGAGGUCAUCGUCAAGGCAGUCUUCCCGAGGUGGCAUGACGUUCUCCACCAGUGGCUCACGGUCGUGGGACCAAAUGAGGAAAUUGGACAGUGGUUUGAAUGGUGGCGAGAUGAGGUCUUCCCCGACGAAAUCAAGAACUUGCCAUCAAUCCAGGAGCAAUUCGACAAGGGCCACGAAAUGAUCAACCAGGCCCUAGAUCUCGGGUCCUUGGCAGCAACUCACCUUCCUGCACCUUCCCAGAGGAAACACGUAUCACCGCCGCCCAAACAAGUCACACCCCCCAAACCAGCUUCAGCACCCGUUGUGGAAGAAUCAACAUUCAGACACAAAGUGGAAGAUUGGUGCAUCGAAAACGACUUGCAGCUCUUACCCGAGAAGAAGGUUAUGCACACCGCUGGACCUUUAUACAGAAUUACGGCUGCAGGAAAUGGAAAGAAUGGCACGUUGGCGUAUUUCAAGGGAGAUAGUUUGUGGGCACUGAGCAAGAAAGGGGCAGAGACGGCGGAAAUUAGGAUUGAUUGGGAGAACGCUGAUGCUAGGGAUGCAUUGUUUGGGAUGGCGUGGCAGAAUGUGAAGUAAACAAUACCCGAUGAAUAUCAUCACACGUUAGUAGAAUGAACCGGAGAAUGAGGUUGGAAUCAAUGCAUAAUCGUGCCUCCUUGCACAG